CAAAGCAGUUGUCAUCACACUUAAAAUAAAUGGAGACCAUAAAGUCGCCGACUUUGGUGGGAAUGAUCUCAUUAUCCUUAAAUUGACAAUUUGCACUAAUUUCUUCAUUUCAGAAAAAGGGAGAAUAUUUUUGAAAAUAUUAAAAUAAAAGUCAGAGCACGUAUUCUUCGUCAUUCCCCUAUCUAUCCUCCCUUUCCCAAGAUUGGAUCAUUGUGUUGAUGAUUGUUGUUUCUUAGAAGAGAAAUGAGCAAUUAUGCAGCCAGACUCGGCCAGCCUGCCUCAGGUAAAAGGAGAAUAAAAGAUCUUUUGAAACAACCUGAUAACCGAGUCUGCGCUGAUUGUUCCGCUCCUGAUCCCAAAUGGGCAUCAGCAAAUAUUGGAGUCUUCAUUUGCUUAAAAUGUUGCGGUGUGCACAGAAGCCUCGGCACUCAUAUCUCAAAGGUCUUGUCUGUGACACUUGAUGAAUGGUCUGAUGAGGAAGUCGACUCCAUGAUUGAAAUUGGAGGAAAUGCUUCUGCCAAUUCUAUUUACGAAGCUUUUGUACCUGAAGGAAGCUCUAAGCCUGGUCCUGAUGUUAGUCAUGACCAGCGUAUGAGAUUCAUUAGGUCCAAAUAUGAACUCCAAGAGUUUCUGAAACCAAGCUUGCGGAUUACAUCAGGGAAGUGCUCCUCGACAAAGAAACCAUCAUUUCUUAAAUCAACUCUUUCUACAAAAUUCAUGGAUAGUUUUCGCGCAAAUUCGUCAUCAAAGAAGAUAUUUGAGGAAGGAAUGGUAGAGUUUAUUGGAUUGUUGAAGGUGACUGUUAAGAAAGGUACUAACUUAGCAAUCAGAGACAUGAUGUCAAGUGAUCCUUAUGUUGUCUUGAAUCUUGGGAAGCAAAAACUUCAAACAACAGUUGUGAAUAGUAACUUGAACCCAAUAUGGAACCAAGAGCUCAUGCUAUCUGUUCCUGAGAGCUAUGGUCCAGUGAAACUGCAAGUGUAUGAUUAUGACACAUUCUCUGCUGAUGACAUAAUGGGAGAAGCUGAACUUGAUAUCCAACCUCUUAUCACAUCUGCAAUGGCUUUUGGGGAUCCUGAGAUGUUUGGGGAUAUGCAGAUUGGAAAAUGGCUGAAAUCGCAUGAUAAUCCGCUUAUAGAUGACAGCAUCAUUAACAUUGUUGAUGGGAAAGUGAAGCAAGAGGUUCAGAUCAAGCUUCAGAAUGUAGAGUGUGGAGAAUUAGAGCUGGAAAUGGAAUGGUUGCCACUUGAACAAUAAUAUGCAAUAGGUCCCAUUGUGUAUUAAAUUAUAAUUUGCACACUCUUUUGUUGGAACACUUUUAGAUCUUCCCACAGGAGACUCUUGUUUGUAAUAUUUUUUUUUCCGAUGGUUAUAUUUUACAGAGUACAGUACA